UACGCGAAUCAGAAGCGAUCGAUUUUGCAAGAAAUUCAUUGACUGGCCGUCUGAUCCACAAUCAUGGAAUUUAACGCCGAACAGAUAAAGUCGGAAGCUCUUCAAAUCAAUAAAGGUUUUGCAUUGAUGGUAAUCAAUAAAAAGUUCAAACAGUUUGCGUUCCGUUACUGUGCUGAUGCCGAUAGAAAAAACAUUAAAACAUUUUGUGAGAACGCUGGGCUUACUAUAAACGAUACUAAGGGUCUUAAAACAGAUGAUCUCACGGCGGACGAAAUUGAAGAUCUUUUCAAGACAAUAUCUAAGACAGAUUUCAGCUCCUACGAUGCAUUCGUCUGUUUCAUAUCAAGUCACGGGGACCCUGGAGAAAUCUUAGGAGUAGAUGGCGGCUCCAUUACCGUUAAAGAAAUUAUUCGUCCGAUCAAUCGGUGCUCUUCCUUAGAAGGCAAGCCCAAACUUUUCUUCAUCCAAAGUGGCAGAGGAUACAAGAAGCAUACCGAUAUAUCUCAAGCCAAACGCAGGGUUGUAGCCGAUUCCCUUGGGUUCCCCUCCAUCACUAUAUCCAUUCCGAUUGAAGCUGAUAUAUUGGUUGCGUAUUCAAGUUUAAAUGGGUACGAAUUGUACAGAAAAGCGAGCGAAGGAUCCUGGUUUAUCACUGCGUUAACACAGGUUUUAAGCAACCAUGCAAGAGAUAUGAAUUUGACCGACAUGCUGGCAAUAGUUCUCAAAAUGGUUUCCGGUACCCAGCACUGUGGCAGGAAACAGACGCCGCUUUUUAUGAGCACCUUAAGAAAAACUGUUUGGUUUAAAGUCUUAGACUGCAUCGAAUCAGGUUAACCUAAUUAUAAUAUAACGUAAUAUACAAUAAUUGUAACAACUAGAUUUGCCUCCUGUAUGCAAUUGACCAUUGCUCGCGUUUAGGCAUUAUAAAUUCUAUGAAUACAUGUUUGUUUGAAAUCAGCAACAAGUAAUAUUUUUUGGGUUUUAUGUUUAUUAACUUUGGAGUUUUAUGUAUAUACUGUAAUUUAUAUAAAAUUAUACCCUCAAUCUUAUGUAUAGCAUCCUGUAUAGGAAAAUCUACAAAAUAAAAUCUUCCUCUUGAAGUA